AUGAACAGCUUUCAAUCACCUUAUCGGGAAUCCCCUCUAGCAAUUUUUAUUUUUUCCACAUACGACUUCUCCACAAUGGACUUUAUCUUAAUUUCAAUAAGCACAGAUAAGUUUAAGAUUCUGUUGGAGAAUUUUAAUGGCACACCUAUGGAGCACUGCCACAUGAAGAUCUAUCAAUCGCCUUAUCGGCAAGACCCCUCUUUUCAAUUUUUUUUCUCCACAAACCACUUCUCUAUAAUAGGCUCCAUCUUUAUUCUAAAACCUACAAGAAGUCAAGAUUAUACUGGAGAUUUUAAUUGUAAAUCUAUUGGAGUACUGCCACGUCAAGAACUAUCAAUCGCCUUAUCGGCAAGUCCCUCUUGAAGUUUUAUUUUCCUCAUACUACUUCUCCAAAAUGACUCCAUUUUAAUGUUAAGAAGCACUGAUAAGUCAAGAUUUAAUAGCACAUCUUUUGGAUUAUUGCCAUUUUUCCACUUACACAUCUAUUUCUACAUAAUAAACUCUAUCUUUAUUCUAAGAAUCAAAGAUAGUCAAGAUUAUGUUGGAGAUUUUAGUGGUAUACCUAUUGGAGUAUUAUAUGAAGAGCUAUCAAUCGCUUUAUUGGUAAAUUGCUAA